AUGCCGACCCAGCUGGAACAACACCGGGCCGCGCCCUUUGCGUCUCGACCACAACGCUUCAAUGAUAGACGAAGCGGACCGUUCGCAAUAGACGGGAACUGUUACAGGUGGAUGCUGGCCCAGCUACCUGUACCUCUCCAUCCUCAUGCCGAUACUGGCACUGCGAAGACGGACCCUGGCGAGGCUGCUGAUACGCCUACUGAUAUGGGCGGAACACCUAUCCAGAGCUUCCCGACGGAGGGCAGCACUUUUCUAACCGAGAUCAUCCCUCCCAAGCGCCGCAUUACGCCGCUACGGGACAUACCCCCGUCCAAGUUUCCGUCAAAAUGCAAAGGCGCAGACAGCCCUCGUCAUGCCAGCUUCCAACUUGGAGGGGCCGCUGGAAGUCGUCUUUCCAAGACACCAGACUUGUUUCACAGCCAUACGCAAGCAUUGCCACAAGCUUGCCAACCCCACCAUAGCUCAGGAACAGCGGCUACUGAAGCUGGGUCACUCCAUAAUUGCUAUGCACUAGAACGUCCAGAAAUAAGCGUGGGAGCAAUUGGAGGAUACUACCAAGACUUUGAGUUUGCCAGACCGCGCACAGAUGACUUAAAUAUUAAUUGCGUAAGCGAUUUAUGCAUCAACAAAACCCUCAUCGCUCCUGAUACAAGCAUGGGGGAUUAUCAAAUCGUCUCGUUGACCUACGCUAAUGGAGACUACUAUCCGUUUUUGAAGUCUGUCGCUGAGCAACGCGACGUCGAUUGUCAUGUUACUACAUGUCUACCAAAACCGAAUUGGCCCUCGGAGAUUGCGAACGGUCGACUAGUGCGCAUACGGUGA